AAACGGAGGAGGGGGUUUUCAGCCCGCUGGUGGAAGAGCAGAAGGAAAACAUUAUUCCUACUCAGCGCUGGAAGACCACACUUCAUCAGCAAGGAGCCGAGCUGCUAACCCCGGCUUGGGACGCCAGACGAAGAAGAAGAUGUUUAUGAUGAAGGACGGAUAGAUCGAGAAAGAGAAGAUGUCGUUCUUUGGCCUGGAUUGUGUCAGGAAGAAAGAGCCCGAGCUGGAGAGGAAGCUCAGGGCCAACGACCGAGAGUACAACAUCUCCUUUAAAUAUGCAACGAACGCCAUCAAGACCUCCAAGUACAACUUCUUCACUUUCCUACCUCUCAACCUCUUCGAGCAGUUCCAGAGGAUCGCUAACGCCUACUUCCUGUUUCUGCUGGUGCUCCAGGUGAUUCCUGAGAUCUCGUCCCUGUCCUGGUUCACCACCGUGGUGCCUCUGGUCCUGGUGCUGUCCGUCACCGCCGCCAAGGACGCCACCGACGACCUUAAUCGCCACAGGAGUGACAAUCAAGUCAACAACCGGAAAGUCCAAGUCCUCAUCGAUGGCAAACUGCGCAGCGAGAAGUGGAUGAGCGUGCAGGUGGGCGACAUCAUCAAGCUGGAAAACAACCAGUUUGUCACCGCCGACCUCCUGCUGCUGUCCAGCAGUGAGCCCCUCAACCUGGUCUACAUCGAGACGGCCGAGUUGGACGGCGAGACCAACCUGAAAGUGCGGCAGGCCCUGCCGGUGACGGGCGACCUCGGCGACGACGUCAACAAGCUGGCGGACUUCAACGGCGAGGUCCACUGCGAGCCCCCCAACAACCGCCUGGACCGCUUCACGGGGACACUGACCUCGGCGGGACAGAAGUACGCUCUGGACAACGAGAAGAUCCUGCUGCGAGGAUGCACCCUGAGGAACACCGACUGGUGCUUUGGACUGGUGCUCUUUGGAGGUCCGGAGACCAAGCUGAUGCAGAACUGCGGGAAGAGCACCUUUAAGAGGACCAGCGUGGACCGUCUGAUGAACGUCCUGGUCCUUUGUAUCUUUGGCUUCCUGGCCUUCAUGUGCAGCAUCCUGGCCGUCGGGAACUACUGCUGGGAGCUGGACGAGGGCUCCCCCUUCACGGCCUUCCUACCCAGGCAGAACGGCAGCGACGCCGCCUUCUCCUCCUUCCUCACCUUCUGGUCUUACGUCAUCAUCCUCAACACCGUGGUGCCCAUUUCGCUCUACGUCAGCGUGGAGUUCAUCCGCCUGGGCAACAGCUUCUACAUCGACUGGGACAGGAAGAUGUACCACGGCCGCAGCGACACGCCCGCCGAGGCGCGCACCACCACCUUGAACGAGGAGCUGGGCCAGAUCAAGUACGUCUUCAGCGACAAGACGGGCACGCUCACGCAGAACAUCAUGACCUUCAACAAGUGCUCCAUCCACGGCAAGACGUACGGUGAUGUCUUCGACUACAAAGGGGAAAGACUAGAAAUUAAUGAGGACACCGAGACCGUGGACUUCUCCUUCAAUCCGCUGGCGGACCCUAGCUUCACCUUCCACGAUCACGCCCUGGUGGAAGCCGUCAAGCUGGAGACUCCCGAGGUCCACGCCUUCUUCCGGCUGCUCGCCCUCUGCCACACCGUCAUGGCGGGGGAGAAGAAAGAAGGGCAGCUGGUGUACCAGGCCCAGUCCCCUGAUGAGGGCGCCCUCGUAACGGCCGCUCGAAACUUCGGAUUUGUCUUCCGCUCAAGGACGCCUGACAGUGUCUCCAUUGUGGAAAUGGGACAGCAGCGAACUUACCAGCUCUUGGCCAUCCUGGAUUUCAACAACGUCCGCAAGAGGAUGUCCGUCAUUGUGCGCAGCCCCGAGGGAAAGCUGUCCCUCUACUGCAAAGGCGCGGACACCAUGGUCUACGAGAGGCUGCACCGGUCCUGCAGAAAGCUGAUGGACGCCACCACGGAGCACCUCAACGAGUUUGCCGGGGAAGGCCUGCGGACCUUGGCCUUGGCCUACAAGGACCUGGACGAGGACUUUUUCGCCCAGUGGAAAGGGCGCCACCACGAGGCCAGCACCGCGCUGGACGACCGCGAGGGCAAGCUGGACCAGCUGUACGAGGAGAUCGAGAAAGACCUGCUGUUGCUAGGGGCAACCGCCAUAGAAGACAAGCUGCAGGACGGCGUUCCUCAGACCAUCGAGCAGCUGUCCAAGGCAGACAUCAAGAUCUGGGUUCUGACCGGUGACAAGCAAGAAACAGCAGAAAACAUCGGUUACUCGUGCAACUUACUGCGCGAGGAGAUGAACGACGUCUUCGUCAUCUCCAGUAACUCGCCUGAGGACGUCAGGCAGGAGCUGCGAAACGCACGGGCCGCCAUGAAACCGGAUGCCGCUGAAGAUUCUGUGCUUUCACAGCAAAGGAGCCUGGGUAAAAAGGCGAAGGCCAUCAUCACGGACGAGGUGGUGAACGGCGAGUACGGCUUGGUCAUCAACGGGCACAGUCUGGCGUACGCGUUGGAGCGCGGCAUGGAGCUGGACUUCCUGCGGACGGCGUGCAUGUGCAAGGCGGUCAUCUGCUGCCGUGUCACGCCCCUGCAGAAGGCGCAGGUGGUAGAGCUGGUCAAGACGUACAAGAAGGCCGUCACGCUGGCCAUCGGCGACGGCGCCAACGACGUCAGCAUGAUUAAAGUGGCCCACAUCGGCGUGGGCAUCUCCGGUCAGGAAGGAAUGCAGGCGGUGUUGUCCAGCGAUUACUCCUUCGCCCAGUUCCGCUUCCUGCAGCGCCUCCUGCUGGUGCACGGCCGCUGGUCCUACCUGCGCAUGUGCAAGUUCCUGCGCUACUUCUUCUACAAGAACUUCACCUUCACCUUCGUCCACUUCUGGUACGCCUUCUUCUGCGGCUUCUCCGCCCAGACGGUGUAUGACGAGUGGUUCAUAACGCUCUACAACCUGGUCUACACCGCGUUACCUGUGCUGGGAAUGAGCCUCUUUGAUCAGGACGUGAACGACGCGGGGAGUUUCCAGCACCCUCAGCUGUACGUCCCCGGCCAGCAGAACCUGUACUUCAGCAAGACGGCCUUCUUCAAAUGCGCCCUGCACAGCUGCUACAGCUCCCUGGUGCUCUUCUUCAUCCCCUACGCCGCCGUCAGCGAGGCCAAGGACGUGGCCGACUACCAGUCCUUCGCCGUCCUCACGCAGACGUGCCUGCUGUUUGCCGUCACCAUCCAGCUGGGCUUGGAGAUGUCCUACUGGACGGCGGUGAACACCGUCUUUGUCCUGGGAAGCUUGGUCAUGUACUUUGCUGUCACCUUCACCAUGUACAGUGACGGACUGUUCCUAGUCCUGCCCUCAGCCUUCCCUUUCGUCGGCACGGCCAGGAAGUCGCUGAGUCAGCCCAACGUGUGGCUGACCAUCGUGCUCACCUCCGUGCUGUGCAUCCUUCCUGUGGUCACCUAUCGCUUCCUGUUGAUACAGCUCCGCCCCUCCAUCAACGACAAGGUGAUGUUCAAGGUCCGCCAGGCCAAAGCGACGCCGCCCCCGCCGCCUCGCCGCACCCGAAUCCGCCGCACCAGCUCCCGCCGCUCCGGCUACGCCUUCUCCCACGCUCAAGGCUACGGCGACCUGGUGACGUCGGGUCGCUUCCUGCGGCGCCCGGCCGUGUCGCGCCCCUCGGGUUUCUCGCAAAUGGGACGCGCCGCCGCCGGCUUCAGCCCCAUGGGGCGCUCGGCCGGGUACAGCCCCACGGGGCGGGCGCAGCAGGGGAAGGUCCAGGAGGUGGAGGUGACCUCGCUGCAGAUGUACAGGACCAUCAGUGACGCCGCUCUCUGAUUGGUCAGGAGCCUUCAAAACAGGAAGUGUCGCCAUGUUUACAAACUUGGAAAGCCAUGUUGCCUUCAUGUCCUCUUGAUAACUGGUUUUUUACACAACUCAUAGCACUUCUAUUGAUGACUCAUAAGUGCAAAUAUUGAUCUUUAUCAUGUUUAGAAUGUGCUAGCAAAGCUUAGAUGGGGAUGUUCUUCACUCCUGCUUCAAUUCAGUUCUUUACCUAAACCGCGUGGAGGACAAUCAUUCUCAAAUCCUCCUGAAUACCAGCGUCCACUGCAGUGGACAUUUGUUUUUACGGCCUAUUUUUGAAUACAUUUCAGCAAAAAAAUGAUGGAGGGCCAAAAGGGACCAAAUUAAAAUGAAUACAUUUUUCGAUAAUUAUUUUUAAAAAUGUAUUAAUUAAUUCAAAUUAAAUUUAAAUACUUGGAUGUAUUAUUAAACCUGCUCAGUGGCCUUGUGGUUAGAGUGUCUGCCCUGAGAUCGGUAGGUCGUGAGUUCAAACCCCGGCCAAGUCAUACCAAAGACUAUAAAAAUGGGACCCAUUACCUCCCUGCUUGGCACUCAGCAUCAAGGGUUGGAAUUGGGGGUUAAAUCACCAAAAGUUAUUUCCGGGCGCUGCCACCGCUGCUGCUCACUGCUCCCCUCACCUCCCAGGGGGUGAUCAAGGGUGAUGGGUCAAAUGCAGAGAAUAAUUUCGCCACACCUAGUGUGUGUGUGACAAUCAUGGGUACUUUAAUUUUAAAUAUGUCAUUAUUAUUAUUUUUUUUAACUAUUUCACAAUUUAAUUAUUGACUUCAUGAUUUCAUUAUUUAACAAUUCUAUUAAUUGUUAAAAUUUUAUGAAUUGAUAAAAUGAGCAAGAAUGUUAGCAUGCUAACGUCAGCAUGCUAUUAUAGAAGUUAUCAUACUUCUAAGAUUGUGGCAAUUAUCAAAAUCCGUGAUUUUUAGGUUUCCACAAAUAAAACUAGCAAGAAUGCUAGCGUAAAAUUUUAGCAUGCUAAUGUUAGCAUGCUAUUAUAGAAGUUAUCAUACUUAUAAAAUGGUGCCAAGUAUCAAAAUCCAUGAUUUGUAGGUUUAUGUAUAUAAAACUAGCAAGAAUGCUAGCAUAAAACGUUAGCAUGCUAAUGCUAGCAUGCUAUUUUAUAAGUUAUCAUACUUCUAAGAUUGUGGCAAUUAUCAAAAUCCAUGAUUUUUAGGUUUCUACAAAUAAAACUAGCAAGAAUGCUAGCGUAAAAUUUUAGCAUGCUAAUGUUAGCAUGCUAUUAUAGAAGAAGUUAUCAUACUUAUAAAAUGGUGCCAAGUAUCAAAAUCCAUGAUUUGUAGGUUUAUGUAUAUAAAACUAGCAAGAAUGCUAGCAUAAAAUGUUUGCAUGCUAUUUUAUAAGUUAUCAUACUUCUAAGAUUGUGGCAGUUAUCAAAAUCCAUGAUUUUUAGGUUUCUACAAAUAAAACUAGCAAGAAUGCUAGCGUAAAAUUUUAGCAUGCUAAUGUUAGCAUGCUAUUAUAGAAGAAGUUAUCAUACUUAUAAAAUGGUGCCAAGUAUCAAAAUCCAUGAUUUGUAGGUUUAUGUAUAUAAAACUAGCAAGAAUGCUAGCAUAAAAUGUUAGCUUGCUAAUGCUAGCAUGCUAUUUUAUAAGUUAUCAUACUUCUAAGAUUGUGGCAAUUAUCAAAAUCCAUGAUUUUUAGGUUUCUACAAAUAAAACUAGCAAGAAUGCUAGCGUAAAAUUUUAGCAUGCUAAUGUUAGCAUGCUAUUAUAGAAGAAGUUAUCAUACUUAUAAAAUGGUGCCAAGUAUCAAAAUCCAUGAUUUGUAGGUUUAUGUAUAUAAAACUAGCAAGAAUGCUAGCAUAAAAUGUUAGCAUGCUAAUGCUAGCAUGCUAUUUUAUAAGUUAUCAUACUUCUAAGAUUGUGGCAAUUAUCAAAAUCCAUGAUUUUUAGGUUUCUACAAAUAAAACUAGCAAGAAUGCUAGCGUAAAAUUUUAGCAUGCUAAUGUUAGCAUGCUAUUAUAGAAGUUAUCAUACUUAUAAAAUGGUGCCAAGUAUCAAAAUCCAUGAUUUUUAGGUUUAUGUAUAUAAAACUAGCAAGAAUGCUAGCAUAAAAUGUUAGCAUGCUAAUGCUAGCAUUCUAUUUUAUAAGUUAUCAUACUUCUAAGAUUGUGGCAAUUAUCAAAAUCCAUGAUUUUUAGGUUUCUACAAAUAAAACUAGCAAGAAUGCUAGCGUAAAAUUUUAGCAUGCUAAUGUUAGCAUGCUAUUAUAGAAGAAGUUAUCAUACUUAUAAAAUGGUGCCAAGUAUCGAAAUCCAUGAUUUUUAGGUUAAAAAUGUACAAACUUGGCUAUGUUGCUCGUAUAAAAAGAUUAGCAAGGAAGAGUUAGCACAUGGUGGUAAGUAUCCAAACCCACUGAAUACAAUUUGCUGAAUUGCUAGCAUGACAACAUCGAAAAAGUUGGCGGACUUUGAAGGUGGCGCCAAGAAUCAAAAGCCAUCAUUUUUGGGUUUGUAGGUAUACAAUUUUGCUAAAAUGCUAACGUGAAACGUUGGGAAAAGUUAGCAUCCUUUUAAGAUGGCGGCAAGAAUCGAAAGCCAUGAUAUUUAGGUUGAAACGAAUAGGAUUAGCGCAAACGCUAGCAUGCUAACGUUAGCAUGUUAUCUUAAGAAAAUUUAGCGAAUUGUGGCCCAGAACAAAAUGAUGCAAUCAUUGCGACAUGAGGAGUGCAGUGCUGCGUUGAAGUCAAUAUUUAAAGAAUGAUUGAGUUAUUCAAUUUUGUCCCAUUUAGUCAGUGCUUUAUCAUUUUUUUUAAUGAAGUUGUCAAAGUCAGUGGGCGUGUCCUCACACCUGAUUGGUCACUUCCGCUUGCCUGUAGAAGCCAGGGAGUAGAAGUGGUGAAUAUUGUGCCAAAAUAACAACUUCAAACACAAUUAUUGAAUUCAUUUCAAUUGGAAUCCAUUAAUGAUGCAUUUAGGUACUUUUUAACCAUGCCACUAUUUAUUUAAUUUGCUCCAGUUAGGCCUGAAAACUUUUUAUUUUUGCUCUAUUUUUAAACAAAUGAAUAAUAAGUAGCCCUGUUUAUGCAAAACACAAGUGUCCACUGCAGUGGACAAUGGUUCUUCGGAGAAUAUAUAUGUGGUUGUUUUUUUUUUGUGUUUUUUUUUAAAGGGACAAGAGAACUUCUGUCCAAAUGUGCCUCAAUCCUGUGUCCAGAUUGUAAGGAGCAGACUAACGAUGCAACAUACACUAUAUUGCCAAAAGUAUUUGGCCACCCAUCCAAAUGAUGAGAAUCAGGUGUCCUAAUCACUUGGCCCGGCCACAGGUGUGUAAAAUCAAGCACUUAGGCACGGAGACUGUUUCUGCAAACAUUUGUGAAAGAAUGUGUGUGGAUGAACUUGACUGGCCUGCGCAGAGUCCUGACCUGAACCCGACAGAACACCUUUGGGUUGAAUUAGAACGGAGACUGAGAGCCAGGCCUUCUCCACCCACAUCAGUGUGUGACCUCAGCAAUGCGCUUUUGGAAGAAUGGUGGAAAAUUCCUAUAAACACACUCCGCAACCUUGUGGACAGCCUUCCCAGAAGAGUUGAAGCUGUAACAGCUGUAGAAGGUGGACCGACAUCAUAUUGAACCCUAUGGGUUAGGAAUGGGAUGGCACUAUGUGAGUCAAGGCUUUUGGCAAUUUAGUGUAUGUUUGCCUUCUUCAGACAGCAAACCAGAUGAGACUGAAAAACAGCAGCGCCUCUGCUGGUUGCAGCCUAGUACUGCACUCCCCCGUGGCUAUAAGUCCGGGGGUCCAAACCUUUUUUCACCAAAAAUCAAAGCAUGUGGAAGACAUUUUCAUAUUUUUCACUUUCAAAACCAAUAGUAUAUAUCGAUUUUUAUAUAUAUAUAUAUAUUUUAUAAAGAAAAUAACAGCCUGCAUGCCAGCUUUGUGCUAUUUUUAAUUUUAUCUCUUUACUUGAUUUUUAUUCCACUAUUUUUGGAUACCACUGCUAUCAUUCAUCAGUUACACACACACACACACACACACACACACACAUCGCUCUUAACAAGCUACAUUUUUUAAUCUACAUGCCGGGGGAAAAAAAGCACAAACUGCACAUUUUAGACAGCAAGUGUCCACACACAGUAUGUAGCACUGAAUGCCACACGAUGCAUUCGAGGACGUAGAAUAACAUAUCUGACGGAUGACAUGCAAACAACACGCGUACUGUAAAGUAUCAUAGGAAUAUGAUCCAAUAAGUCAUAUUUAUAUAUGUUCUUGUCUACUUGUUGCUCAAUUUAUCUCUGGGAUGCCACUUUGUGAGCAGCCACUAUAGAUGAUGAUCAGUUUAUUGUGACUUGUUAUAUGCAUCACCAUGGACUGAGUGUGUACUGCAUCAUGUUUUGAAGAAAAUUAAGUGACUUUGCUCUUUUGUACAUUUUUUUUUAUACCUGCAAGAACUGCAUUAAAAAAAUAC